AUGCCGUAUGAGUAUGACCAGGAAUCCGUUCUCGCUAAUGGAAUCUACCCCGUCGCGAAUGCCAUCGAAAUGGAUGAACUCCUGUUGCUCGGGACCCUUCUUUUAUCACUUUCCCAUCCUGAUUGGCGAUUUCCUGAGCUGAGUGGAGAGCUUGAUGUUCUUCAUCCCCGCGCACAGAAUCCCGAAUCCCGAUAUGGUCGCCAAUCAUCACUUACCAUGGCGAAAGACAUCACCACUUUGCUGCCCUCUUGUGAAGAUCGUACACUAUUCGAUUUAGGGGUGAUGGGGGUCAAUGGCUCGGAAAACUAG